GUAUGCAAAGCCAUCAAGGCCCAGUGUUUCGAGGAGACAAAAAAGACGAUCACACUAUCAGACUCAACAUUACAUAGACAGGUACACAAUGGGAGGAGUCAUACAGAGGCAAAAGAGGCGCAGUGGUGGCUGAAUGAUGCAAAAGAAGAAGAGGUAUUGAUUAAUGAGGUCACCUACGAUGCUAAACAAGGAUUUCCACUAAACCACAAAUGGCUCAAAGAACAUGCUGAUCUAAUUGCACAGGCACGUCACGGUGAAAAAUUUUCCUGUGGAAGGUGUUGGAAAGAA